UAACUCUAAAAAAAAGCCCUUUGCCUUACACCGUUGAUGUCUGUCUGGUAAUCGAAGGAAAGGGUCUAUGUUGAUAACUUCUUGAAGAACUUCGGAUCCAUAAAUUUCAUGGAAGCAAGUUUCAGUUCAAAUCCUUAGCAAAAAUCCAUUUUACGUUCAAAAUCCUUAGUUUCUUCGUUACGUCACCGAUACUGAUACUCUGACCCAUAGAGCGACAGCUUAUCGGUGUAUCCUAGAUAGAGAUCCAAAUCCCUAAAAUAUCGCCAAGCAACCGUUUUUCUUAUUUAAGGUUUGAGAUUCUGGUCGAGUUACGUCUCAUGGGGAAUGUAUUUGUAAAGAAACCGAAGAUCACUGAAGUUGAUCGAGCAAUUCUUUCUCUGAAAACCCAGAGGCGUAAGCUUGCCCAAUAUCAGCAACAGCUUGAGAAAGUGAUUGAAGCUGAAAAACAAGCAGCAAAAGAUUUACUCCGUGAAAAGAAGAAAGAAAGAGCUUUGUUAGCCUUAAGGAAGAAGAAAGUACAAGAAGAUUUACUCAAACAAGUUGAUACAUGGCUUAUUAAUGUUGAACAACAAUUGGCAGAUAUUGAACUAGCAAGCAAGCAAAAGGCAGUUUUUGAGAGUUUAAAAGCAGGAAAUAACGCAAUGAAAGCAAUCCAAGGUGAAAUUAAUUUAGAUGAUGUUCAAAAACUCAUGGAUGAUACAGCUGAAGCGAAAGCAUACCAAGAUGAAAUUAAUGCGAUUUUGGGAGAGAAGUUGUCAGCUGAGGAUGAAGAGGAUAUUUUAGCAGAGUUUGAUAACUUGGAAGCUCAGAUGACAAUUCUAGAUUUGCCAGAAGCUCCUGUUGCUGAGUCAUCUUCUACAAAAGAUGAAGAUGAGUUGGAUCUACCUGAUGUUCCAACAAAAGCACCUGAGAUUGUUGCUGAUAAAUCUCAACCUGCAAAAACAAAAGUUAUGGAGGAGCCUCUAGCGGCGUGAGGCGUUGACCACCAGAAUACUUGGUCAAAUGUGAUGAUAUUUUGAUGCUGUUUAUCUAUAUACAUUCUUUUUAUUUGAAAUUUAAAUGGAUGCAAGGAUUAGUUGCAAUUCUGUCUUGAAGUAAAUUGUACAGUUUUAUGUGUUUAUAUGAAGCUAAAAAUUGAUAUA